AAAGUUGACAACACUGAUCUCUGGCUACACGUCAAAAUAUAUAUUUUUCUUCUAAUAUACUCUGUUUUUGGUGUUCGAAAAUAAAAUCCCAUUCAAAUAAAGCAAAAUUAAUAGCUACAAAUUUAAUUUUAUAAUAAUAACUUUUAAAAUAUACUAAAUUUUACUGUGUAUAUAUAAGUUUUGUGCAAAAGUCUACAGAUUCAACAAUUUUGGUAUAAAAGUAGUAAGAAAAUAUAGAAAAAUUUUGCCUACGACGCCAAAAGCAGAAAAAUAAAAAGGAGACUGAUUGGAAAAGCUGAUUACACAAAACAUAGAGCUGGUGUAAAAGGAAAUGUUGAAUAGCGCUGCACAAGAUCAAAAAUUCUUUAGGCGAAAAUAAAUCCAGAAAUUAUUAAUAAAUACUUGACAAAGGGGUUGAAUAACGAAAAAAAAAUGAAACCGGCUAUAGGAAAUGGUGGUGUCGUCACCCAAGGAGGAGGUGGUGUAACUUCAUCCAUGGUGGAUUGUUUUCCUGAUAUAGAAGUACCACGUACUGAUUAUUCCUCUAUAAGAGGUAAAAAGGUAUUGGUUAGUCCGACAGAAGAACAAUUUGAAUUGUUAAAGAAACGUUUGGAGGAGAGAACACAAGAUAGUCGUGGUGAAACUAUAUAUGAAAUUGGAGUGGGAGAAGAUGGUGGAGAUAGUGGUUUAGAUGAGGAAGAAUACAAAGCUGCUGUUGCCACUUUACAGUCUUUAGCCACUACCAUUGAUGCCGAUAUGGUUUUGUUAAGGCAGCGUAAAGUGGAAAAAGGUUUAACCGGCCAGUAUUUGAUACGUAAACGUGUUGAUACCUCAGAUUUUAUGGAAAUUAGAGUUGCUGUGGUGGGUAAUGUAGAUGCUGGCAAAUCUACUCUUUUGGGUGUUUUAACACAUGGCGAAUUGGAUAAUGGUCGUGGUCAUGCUAGACAGCGUUUAUUUCGUCAUAAACAUGAAAUGGAAAGUGGACGUACCAGUUCGGUGGGAAAUGAUAUUUUAGGUUUUGAUAGUAUUGGUAAUGUUGUAAAUAAACCCGAUCAUGGCACUUUGGAUUGGGUUAAAAUUUGUGAAAAAUCUGCCAAGGUUAUAACCUUCAUCGAUUUGGCCGGCCAUGAACGUUAUCUUAAGACAACGGUAUUCGGCAUGACAGGACAUGCUCCCGACUUUGGCAUGCUAAUGAUUGGCGCCAAUGCUGGCAUAGUAGGCAUGACAAAAGAGCAUUUGGGCUUGGCCUUGGCUUUGUCCGUGCCGGUAUUUGUGGUUGUCACUAAAAUUGAUAUGUGUCCACCAAAUGUUUUACAAGACAAUCUUAAAUUACUCUUCAAAAUCCUUAAGUCUCAGGGCUGUCGCAAAGUACCGGUGAUGGUUAAAACACCUGAUGAGGUGGUAUUGAGUGCCACUAAUUUUGUGUCCGAAAGGUUGUGUCCCAUUUUUCAGGUCUCUAAUGUAACGGGGGAAAAUUUAAAUUUACUAAAAAUGUUUUUAAAUCUCUUGACCACACGCAUGACGGGGCAGGAUAAUUUGCCGGCAGAAUUUCAAAUUGAUGAUACCUACUCAGUGCCGGGUGUAGGUACCGUAGUAUCGGGCACUUGUCUACAGGGUUUAAUAAAACUUAAUGAUGUUUUAAUGCUGGGACCCGAUCCUUUGGGUAAUUUUAUGCCCAUUGCCGUCAAGAGUAUACAUCGCAAGCGUAUGAAUGUGAAAGAGGUAAGGGGUGGCCAGACGGCAAGCUUUGCCUUGAAGAAAAUCAAAAGAUCUCAAAUCCGCAAAGGCAUGGUAAUGGUAAGUCCAGAGUUAAAACCACAAGCCUGCUGGGAGUUUGAAGGUGAAAUUUUAGUUUUGCAUCAUCCCACUACUAUAUCGUCACGUUACCAGGCCAUGGUACAUUGCGGCAGCAUAAGACAAACUGCCUCUAUAGUGAAUAUGUCCAAGGAAUGUCUAAGGACGGGUGACAAAGCUCAUGUCAAAUUUCGAUUCAUUAAACAUCCGGAAUACAUUCGACCGGGUCAGAGAAUGGUCUUCCGCGAGGGACGCACCAAGGCGGUGGGAAAUGUUCUAAAACCUAUAACUAACUCAGUGGCCGCCCAAAAUCGACCGAAACCUAAUAAAAUGCAAGCACGUACCCAAGGACAAGGUAGUUCACACAACACUGCACCACCACAAAAUCAAAACCAAAAUCCCAAUAUACAAGCGGCCGCCAAUACGAGCAAUAAAACACAACAAUCACUUAACAAUGACAAUGAAAUGAAGUCCCAUAAGAAUGACGGUGUUUUAGAGGUGGCUCUGGACAAGCGUGACAAUACGCGGCAGAAUAACAAACGUAAUUCCAAAAGACCAGGCCCGGCAACAGCAACUGCGGCUCAUAAUGCAGAAACUACAAACUCACAACAUAUCUCUGGUAAAGUCCAGUAAAAUUAACAAAAAAAAUAUUUGUUUUAAUAAAAAAAUUUAACUUACAUUUUUAAUUACAAAAAAAAAUAUGAGGCAAAGCUCCAUAAUAUAAGAGACAUUUUCAAAAUCUAUUGGAACCUAUAAAAUUAAUUGCUUAUUGUUUAUUAAAAUAAAAAAAUCUAUGUACAAAAGUAUCUUAACAACAA